AUGUACCUGGUCACUGUGUUGGGAAAUCUGCUCAUCAUCCUGGCCGUCAGCUCAGACUCCCACCUCCACAAACCCAUGUACUUCUUUCUCUCCAACCUUUCCUUGGUAGAUAUCUGUUUCACCUCCACCACCAUCCCAAAGAUGCUAUGGAACAUUCAGACACAGAACAAAGUCAUCACCUAUGAAGGCUGCUUCACCCAGAUGUAUUUUUUCCUACUAUUUGCAGGACUGGACAACUUCCUCCUGACUGUGAUGGCCUAUGACCGGUUUGUGGCCAUCUGUCACCCCCUGCACUACAUGGUCAUCAUGAACCCUCGGCUCUGUGGACUGCUGGUUCUGGUGUCCUGGAUCAUGAUUGUCUCCUUGUUUUAUGGGACAAGCCUAGGAGUGUACCUCAGUUCUGCUGUUACUCAAAGCUCACACUCAAGUGCAACAGCCUCAGUGAUGUACACCGUGGUCACACCCAUGCUGAACCCCUUCAUCUACAGUCUCAGGAACAAAGACAUAAAGAGUGCCCUGAAAAGAUUGCUUGGGAUGGCAGCUAUGAAAGGACCCAUUUUCGCAGGGCUGAAGAAAUGCACAUGA